CCUCCCCCGCCCUCCAGUCCCUCUCUGGGACUGCUGCGCUGAGCCGCUUGGAACGCGGCAGUGGCGGCGGCGCACUUUCCCGGGCUGUGGCUGGAGCAGCGUUGUGGUGCGCGCGCCGGGGGACCGGCUGACUGAGGGAGAGCGGGAGGGAAUCCCGAGCUGCUGAGCUGCGCCGGCGGGGAAACCCUUCGGUUCCCUGUGCAUUGAGCAAGUGGGCCGGGGGUUCCCCCAGACGGCCACUGGCUCUUUGGCCCUGACGGGACCGCGCAGGGCGCGCCCCCCGAAGGCAGCGUCCGGGCUUGCGGCCCUGACUUGGCCCCGCGAGGCCGGCGCGGGGCAGCUCAGAGGGAGGAAGCUAGAGGGGCCGCCCUCGGAGUUGGGAGCGCCUUUCCUGGGUCCAAAAUGCCCAAGAAGAAGCCGACGCCCAUCCAGCUGAACCCGGCCCCGGACGGCUCCGCGGUUAACGGGACCAGCUCGGCGGAGACCAACCUGGAGGCCUUGCAGAAGAAGCUGGAGGAGCUGGAGCUCGAUGAACAGCAGCGGAAGCGCCUCGAGGCCUUUCUGACCCAGAAGCAGAAGGUGGGGGAACUGAAGGAUGAUGACUUUGAGAAGAUCAGUGAGCUGGGUGCCGGCAAUGGAGGUGUGGUGUUCAAGGUCUCCCACAAGCCGUCCGGACUCGUUAUGGCCAGAAAGCUAAUUCACCUGGAGAUCAAACCUGCCAUCCGGAACCAGAUCAUAAGGGAGCUGCAGGUUCUCCAUGAGUGCAACUCGCCUUACAUCGUGGGCUUCUACGGGGCGUUCUACAGCGAUGGCGAGAUCAGCAUCUGCAUGGAGCACAUGGAUGGGGGUUCCUUGGAUCAAGUUCUGAAGAAAGCUGGAAGAAUUCCUGAACAAAUUUUAGGAAAAGUUAGCAUUGCUGUAAUAAAAGGCCUGACAUAUCUGAGGGAGAAGCACAAGAUUAUGCACAGAGACGUCAAGCCAUCCAACAUCCUAGUGAACAGCCGUGGGGAGAUCAAGCUUUGUGACUUUGGGGUCAGCGGGCAGCUCAUCGACUCCAUGGCCAACUCCUUCGUGGGCACCAGGUCCUACAUGUCGCCAGAGCGACUCCAGGGGACCCAUUACUCCGUGCAGUCGGACAUCUGGAGCAUGGGGCUCUCUCUGGUUGAGAUGGCGGUUGGGAGGUAUCCCAUCCCUCCUCCAGAUGCCAAGGAGCUGGAGCUGAUGUUUGGGUGCCAGGUGGAGGGAGAUGCGGCUGAGACCCCGCCCAGGCCAAGGACCCCCGGGAGGCCCCUCAGCUCUUAUGGAAUGGACAGCCGACCUCCAAUGGCAAUUUUUGAGUUGUUGGAUUACAUAGUCAAUGAGCCUCCUCCAAAACUGCCCAGUGGAGUAUUCAGUCUGGAAUUUCAAGAUUUUGUGAAUAAAUGCUUAAUAAAAAACCCCGCAGAGAGAGCAGAUUUGAAGCAACUCAUGGUUCAUGCUUUCAUCAAGAGAUCUGAUGCUGAGGAAGUGGAUUUUGCAGGUUGGCUCUGUGCCACCAUCGGCCUUAACCAGCCCAGCACGCCCACCCAUGCGGCUGGCGUCUAAGCGGUUGGGAAGCACAGUCCCUGCCCAGGGGCAUGCUGCGCCGCCUCCGGGCGGCCUCCCACGCCUGCCUCUGUUCAGACGUGCAUUCACCCAUGACAAAGGACGAAGAACACAGCAUGUGCCAAAAUUCUAGUCAUGUCCUUCUCAAUAUUACCAUCUUACUCUUAUUACUGUUGUUACCCCCUAAGUGGAUUGGCUUUGUGCUUGGGGCUAUUUUUGUGUAUACUGAUGAUGAAAACAUGUGCAAUGUUGAAUUACAGUGAAACUCUGGUGACUGUGGGUAGUCAUUCUUACUGAAAACUGCACUGCUUUCCCACACCAUGAACUGGCUGGUCGCCUCUAUUUUUGGGAUUCUUUGACACUUGGUGGUACUUCAUUCUUGCCAGGCAUACCUUCUGACUGAGUAGGAAGGGGCCUUGUAAGAUCCUUCACAGGCAGUGCAUGUGAAGCAUGCUUUGCUGCUAUAAAAAUGAGCAUCAGAAAGUGUGUAUCAUGUUAUUUUAUUAUGUUCUUGCUUUUGGUGUAGAAUUCAGCCAUUUUCAUCAAAAUCUAGCCAGAGCCCUUCACUGCCAUGAUAGCUGGGGCUUCACCAGUCUGUCUACUGUGAUGAUUUGUAGACUUCUGGUUAUAUUUCUAUAUUUAUUUUUAAAUAUACCGUGUGGAUAUUUAGUGCUGUCUCUCUAAGUUUGGAUUAGUGUUUCUAAAAUGGUGGAGUUACUCUGAAUGUUACAAAUGGAUAAAGGCAUUAAAAUAAAGGAGAUCUACCUUUCACCAAACCCAAGUACUGAUGCUACUGCAAACAACCCCGUGUACAGUGCCUAAAAACUAUGAAAAUCCUUUUACCAUCUUAAUCCAGAUGUCUGACAAACCUAAUCUCUUACUCUAAUAAAUGUACUAUCAAAUUCAAAGGAUAAAAA